UGUGCAUCAACGAGACGUGCUUUCCUUGUUCGCGUCAAUGGCCUGGUAUUCGCGGUCGAGUUUGCAAUGCACUUGACUCAUUUCGGGCUUGCCUCAGAUGCUCUUGCGGCGGAUACUGAGAUGUGGAAGCCACUCCACGGGGUAUUUACCUGCGCACGUCAACAGUCAGGCCACCGCUCUCGCCCCUCACUUUCCAGCCCAUCUGCGGGCUAUCCCACACCCCAGAAACUUCACGCCGUUGCAUUGAUACCGAAAGCAUCAAAGGCGAUGGCAUCGAAGCUAUGCUGCACAGCCGAAGACGCGAGUCGCACCAGUUCUCCAGCACUGCCCAACAUUCGCAUGUCCGAAGCCACACCAGCCAAGCUCCCCCUUUUGUCGGACCAUACCCAUUCUCAGGGUAGUUCGCGCUUCACCAGUGCGCAGACGGGCGAUCUUUGUGAGAUCCGCAAUAUUUUCCAGAAUGCUUCCAGUGAUCAUCCCAACCCUUCGCCUCGAGCAAAAGCUGGGCAUGCACGUUUCAUCAAGCCGUCGAUGUACAGCUUACGUUCAAUCCACAGGAUCAAAAGUGUCCAGUCGAUGAUUAGACGGAAGCUCUCCAAGGACUUAUCCAAGAAGUCAUCUAGGGAUCAUACUCAAGCAGGUGGUGGGGUCAAGAAUGCUGCUCUUGGGACUGCCUCCGACAUCCCUCUGAAACUGUCCCAGGAUCCUCCCAACCUCAAGCUUAAACUCACCAAGUUCGAUCUCAAGGAAAAUCUGCUGAGUGACAAGGACCCACAUGAGGGUGGUUACGACCCUGAUGCAGAAGUGCUUGACGACAUUAGGAAGAACGUUGGAAGACGGGCCCCCAAAAGGCCCAGCAUCCAUAGCAUCGAAUGGUCGCCCUCGAAUGGAAGCAAACCUACGCCGGGGUCAUCUUCAAGAAGCCGCCACAUGCAGCCUGCAGCUCAAUUGCAGCCAUAUCAUAUCCGGCCGCAAGCCAAAUCGCUUUCCUCGUCUUUCGGAAAAAUCCUCAGCAGCCCCGAUCUCCAGAGUGAUUCGGACCAAGGACACGAGCGUAAGUUACGCCGCUCUCAGUCUGCAGCAUCUGUCAACCUCCCCGCACCAAGGCCCCUCUCGUCACCGAGGCUGCCAAGUCUCAGAGGGAGUGAAAUAGAGGGCAUGGCCUGGUCAACAGCCUUGAACGAAAGCCUUCGUCUUUCACAGCUUCCUCUUCCGCCAGGUAGAGCCGGCACGGCUCAGUCGAGAGCUUCGCUCAGACUUCCCACUGGAUGGAGUAACAAAGACACGGGUGGUUCGAAACUUCAAAAUGAGAUUAUCCUCACCCCAGAUGUACAUGUCCAAGAACCGACUGCAACCACCACACCUCGCCCAUCUAGUUCUGUUCAUGGUACUGUUCGAAUUAACUCGGCAGCUAGGCUUCUAGGGAGCAAAUCGGAAAAUGACAAGGACGAUGUGCAGGAUGAUGCUCGUGAAUCCAUUCAUCUUUACAGCAUGCGCAUUUCCCAUCAUCUUCGAUCAGGCUCUCUGGUCUCUUGGGACAACAAUAGAGAUCCUCCAGGAGUGUCGGGCCCUGUGCCACCUCUCCUUCGUGAUGAAUCUAAUUCAGACCUGAGCCAGAUCGCACGGAGGCAGACCCAGCUAUCUCGUCAUAAUCGACAAACUUCGAGCUCCGGGUUUGCCAGCUCCAAUAUACCCAGCAAGUGGGGCCGGGUAGUUUCUGGAGAUAUACGAGAGGACAAAUCGUCUAUCUAUUCCAGUCGUCCCCAGAGUCCUCCAGAUGGUGGCUCUUCUAGCAACCUUACCCGGACUUUGACCCUCCCUGAUUCCUACAGAAAGGCUUCUUCCAAAAGCAUCAACCUGAGUCGCUCCAAUUCUUGUUCAGAGAAUGUUGGAAACACCCAUGGCACGGCCCCGAAAUUCCCAUCUACGGAUCCCUCUAGCUUCACGGGCUCUUUGACAUCAAAUGAUCAACUUUCGGGCGAAAGCACACAAUUGAUGCGGAUCAACAGCAGCUUCAGCACGAAGAAGUCCAGAUUCCGGGAGGAGUUCAGCCCUUCGCCUCCGAAAAGGAGAAUUACAGCUUCGGCAUCUAUCAUGAAACUUCUAAACCCAAAACGAAGUGGUUUCCGUAGUCAGAGCGAGGGGAAAGCUAAGUCUUCGAUUGAACCAAGCUUUGACGGCUCACUUGAGCCUCCAAAAGCUGCGACAUAUCGAGAACGACGGAUGUCAAGAUCAAUGGUCAGCUUCGAAAGGGAACAAAAGUCUUUGGGUAAAGAUGAGAAGAUCAGCCCUAUGUGGGAGAAGGCCCUCAAGCACCACCAGAACGAGCGUGCAGCCUUUUUCAUUACGAAAGACCGGAAUCUUGCCGUUCGGAGCAGUCCUUUCCGUGAACGAAGUGCGAGCGUCGCUCGACCCCGUCCCAGUAUGGACUCCAACGCUUCUCCAGGCGAUAUGGGUGCUCUGAAGGGGGUUUCAACACCUUUUCUCGAGCCCCCAUCAUCUGACCACCCAAUCAAGCAAACCCCCGAAGCUGUAUCCAGUAGAAGGAUUGCCAUUGUGGGGGCAGAUGCCGCAGAUACAGGCCUUCGUGACGAGGUACAAAGGCGAUACGAACAGCAAGGAGAUUCGGUGGAUGUUGUAGGCGCGUGGGGUCGAUACCCUUCACAUUCCCGAGAUGAACGUACUUUGUCUGCUGGUCACCUUGAUUCUGUGCAGACGCGAGAUUUUGCGCUGGAAGCAGCACUUAAGUUUGCCGCUGGAAAAGACACUGAGACAAACGAAGACGAAGUUGAUCCGACUGAACGGCCGGUAACGCCACCAUUGUUGCCAGGCGAAAAGAAGCGACACAAAAAGAUUGGUAACAUGCGCAUGGUCAAGAGCACCUCCAUGACCUUUGGAAAAACCUUUCUGAGAAACUACGCGAGAUUGUUCAAAAGCCAAAGCAUUGAAUUCCAGAAACAUGGACGAGGACAUCGCACGUCCAUCAGCAGUGGCGGGAUGUUGGAGUUUCCAGAACUAGAAAUACUCCCCGACAUUUGGAGGCGAGGAGUCAUCGAGGAACAAAGUGGGGAAACAAGUCAACGUAGCAGUGACAAACAUGAUGAUGAUGAUGAAGGUCACAUCUCGAACGUAGGGGUCAAAGAGAACUCCAUGGGCCAAGAUUCUCGGUCCACGUUGCGGGCACCAAAUAGCACAACAACCCACCGAGACAAUACUGUUCCUGGGCUUGAUGGUCAGAUGGAAUUGUCGCCUAUCACGGACAACGCACGAGUGCUGUCGGCAUAUUACGAGGACUGUCUCCCAGCUUUCCCCCGGGUAAGUAAAGAUCUAGAUUGCAACCUUGAGGAUUUUGGAGCUCCCGCUCGACGUUCACUGGAUGGUCAAUGUGUAUCCAUGCACACUCGUACCCUUCCAGGCCGUUUUACCAAGCACUCUCGUAACGCAAGCCGAGUGAGUCGGCUGAGCAUUGUCAGUACGGCAAGUUUACACCCGAGCUUCAUUUCCUCGUAUGAGGAUGACAACGCCAUGGACCAGAUGAGUAUCGCCAGUGUGAGGCGCAGCACUAUGGACUUGAUUUCUAUUUACAAAGAACAAGAGGUCACUGAGAGGGAGAAGGUCUUGAGCCUGAUGCGUGCUGAGAGCAAGAAGGGAAGUCAAAUGCUGGCCGGUUUGUGA